CGCCUCAGUCGCCCGCCCCGCGCUUUGGGUGGUGGCCGUUGCCUCCUCAGCUCCCGCCGCCGCUGCUUCUCCUCAGCCGGGCCUUCCUUGCGGUUCCUUUUUUCCAGGGGAAAGCGGCGCUAAACCCCGAAGGCCGAGAGACAGCCGAGGCCGCUGAGGGGGCCUUUUCCUUUUCUCUCCUCGCACCCGACCCGAGCAGCCGCCCCGAUGCAGGCCAUCAAGUGUGUGGUGGUGGGCGACGGUGCUGUAGGUAAAACAUGCCUACUCAUCAGUUACACAACCAAUGCAUUUCCUGGAGAAUAUAUACCAACUGUAUUUGACAACUACUCUGCCAAUGUGAUGGUGGAUGGGAAGCCGGUAAAUCUGGGCUUGUGGGAUACCGCUGGACAAGAAGACUACGACAGACUCCGCCCGUUGUCUUACCCACAAACAGAUGUGUUCUUAAUUUGCUUUUCCCUUGUGAGCCCAGCAUCCUUCGAAAAUGUCCGUGCAAAGUGGUAUCCAGAGGUGCGACACCACUGCCCCAAUACCCCCAUCAUCCUAGUGGGAACCAAACUUGAUCUCCGAGAUGACAAAGACACUAUCGAAAAACUGAAGGAGAAGAAGCUGACGCCGAUCACCUACCCACAAGGCCUUGCCAUGGCGAAGGAGAUCGGGGCAGUCAAAUACCUAGAAUGCUCAGCGCUGACACAGCGGGGCCUCAAGACAGUCUUCGACGAAGCCAUCCGAGCCGUCCUGUGCCCCCCUCCAGUCAAGAAGAGGAAGAGAAAAUGCCUGCUGCUCUAAUGCCGCUUCUGCUCUCCCCAACCCUCACCCCCCCCCCCAAAAAAAACCUUUUGUGCUUUGCUUGGAAUAACGGAGCAUUCCUGCAUUUUGUUUGUUUAAAAAAAAUUGGUUGUCCCCCCCCUUCAGGUUAUCUUAAACAAGACCUCUUACAUAUUUCCCUUUGUUUAAAAAAAUUAGCUUCUUCCUUCCUUCUCCUUUUUCCUUUUUUUUAAAAGACAAACUCAUAUAAAGGCCUUAUUUCCCCCCACCCCACCCCUUUUUCGCUCCGCUUAAUCAACUGUUGCCAAACUUUCUGCUCCUUACUCCUCUUGGAUUGCUGUGCUUUGUUACGUGAAGCCACCAGACCUGUCUUUUUUUUUUUUUUUUUCUUACAAAGUCAGGCAGGUGUCUUUUAAAAAAUACUAAUGUUUUAUUAGCAGUUGCAACACUUUAAUCUGGGUUUUCCCAGGAAGAUAAAAAAACCAACCCCAUUGCUGUCUAAAAAUGCACUCAUUCAUCCGACAGCUUCUUCACACACUUUCAUGCUUGAACAAAUGCAAUAAUUGACAACUCCAGAUUAACCCUUCCCUUUUUUAAAAAAUCUAUCUAUAUAUAUAUAUAUCUCAAAUCUACUAAGGUCUGUGAUUAAAGCUAUUUUUUUUCUCUCUCUCGAAAUGUAUUUGUCUCCCUUCACGGCAGAAUAACUAUUUUCUUGGAGGAAAGACGACUGACUUGGUUAACGGAAAUGGCCAGACAGUAUUUUGACACUGUAAAAAGAUCAAAUUUACACUACAUUGUUAACGCGCUAGUUUAAAACCGAAGAGAGAUUUUUUUUCUCUCUCUCUCUUGUACGAUGUAAAAAAAAACCCACAAAAGGAAUCCUCCCUCCUGCAGCUAAUCGAACAAGCUGAACAGCAGGUUGGAGUUUUUUCUAGAGUAUUCCUUCAUAUCAUUCUGGCGGGACUUUUAAGCUUAUUAUUAAUUUUGAGCUGGUCCCCCCCUCUCCCACAUGUUCUUGCUGGAUGCUUUUCUUAUAGAAUCUCCUCCUGAGCAAUAUUAAUUUGUAUUUUAAAGCAUUUUUUAAAAAAUUUGUAUUAGCCACUUAUUUUUUUGGAUAAGAUAGUCAAAUGUAGCCACCUGUCUUAUUUCUCCCCUCCUAAUUAUGUACAUGGUUUAAACCAGGGGUCUCCAACCUUGGCAACUUUAAGCCUGGUGGACUGCAACUCCCAGAAUUCCCCAGCCAGCUUUGCUGGCUGGGGAAUUCUGGGAGUUGCAGUCCACCAGGCUUAAAGUUGCCAAGGUUGGAGACCCCUGGUUUAAAAGGCUUUCUUCAGUCCUGAAGAUAAAUUUGGUGUAAAAAAUCAAGAGCAGCUGAUCGACCACUUUUUUCCAUUUUAAAUAUUUCACUUCUUUUUCCCCUCCGGCUAAUGUCUCUCUUAUCUGCCAGGUAUCUUAAAGCUGUAUUAAUUUUACUAACCCCAACAUGGCUCGUUUUAACCGUUUCCAGGAACCCGGUCUAAUAACGGUAAAUCAGGCCUGUGAGGUUCUGUACGUCAGAUGCUGGCAAGAAUACGUUGAUUUCCCUCCCCCCUACAACCCCCUUUCAAUCACUAGAACAAAUAUAUACAUAUAUAUAUAAAAAUAUAAAUAUAUAUAAAUGGGAGUCUGCAAGAUUGUGAAGUUUUUACAUUGGAUCUUUUGGUAAUGCAAGUUAGCAGUCUGUUUUGCAUGUAUGACUUAAUAAAUUCUUAAACCACA